CGAGUAUUUGCAGCAAGCGCAGGAUUUGUAUUUGAAGGCAGUGACGUUCAUCUUUCCGGAUAAGCAAAAAGCCUCACGGACGUUCCGAAAAGACGUUUUGAUCUCCUUAAUGUCCAACUUCGUCCAACUGCGAUGGAAGGACCAAAACAUCGAAGAUUUAGCUUCUUUUCGGAAGUUUUUGUUGCAUAUCUUCGAGUCCUACAAUGGGAUCUGGACGUUCUUGACAAGGGAUGUGAAAUUCUCAAUGGCAGAUAUUAAGAACGGGAUAGAGGCGCUGGUAAAAGAACACCAGAUAUUUCCGGAUCAAGAAGACCAUGAGGAAACAGCGAAGAAGAUAUCCGAUGCAUGGGGUAGCGAAAGGAACCUGACAGGAGUGGGGAUCUCUGUUAUGAUGGGACGGUAAUGACAUGAUUUACUACCACUGAGUAGGCAGGUGUCUCGCUGUAGCAGUGGCACAAGAAUUGGGAGCAUGCGACUUUGUUUUGUACUGAAAGAAUUUACUGCCACAAUCACAUCGAUCCCACGACACAUUCCUGUUCUUUCCACUUACGCGCUCUCUUUCUAAGUUGCACGUCCACUACCUGAUCGACCACAAGCCUCGCAACCCAAUGUUAGCGAAGCUACGAGAGUGGGCGUUGGACCAUGAGGAUUUCAACGAGAUCCACGAACUCUGGUCAGGACUAACCCGAAAUUGCGAGGUCGAAAUGGAUCAGUUCAUCGAUGGUUUCAAGAUCAUCAUUCCAGAUUUCGAUCCAGGCUUGGCGGGGAAGAACGAGGAAAUAGUGUCGUUCAUCCGCAAGCUAUUCCGGAUGUUUGAUGCCCAGGAGUCCGGCGGCAUUUCGAGGGCAGAGAUUGCACCAGCAACGGGCGAGAGGAUGGAGGACAAUGACAACGCGAUUUUGGAGUACAAGGUCCCUCUGACGUAUUUCACAACUGUAACAUUGCUGAAAUCGGUAAACAAGAUCAGUUUCCGAUUGGGUCCGCGCUUCGUGGACAAGAAAGAGUGGCGAGCACUGCGUUUAGCUCUAGACCCAGACUGGAAGUGCAUGGAUAUCUACGAAGAAAGGCUAGAAGUGACCUGUCGAGAGGAAUAUUUCGAGUUGUGGAACGCUGUAGUGGAGGAUGCAGAUAUGGAGAAGAAGCAAUCAUUUAUUCGUCAUUACGAUGGCGCAGUCGUGGAUCACAACUUUGUGGGGGGAAUCAUGAUGCGACAGGGUCUGGGCGAACAAAAGUGGGGAGAUGGACGCUUUUAUAAGGGUACGAUCUUGAUGGAUGGUGACAAAAUUCCUUUCAAUCCUGUGAUUUCCGUCUGUCGUCAUGUGUUCUUGCAUAAAAAGCGGGGUAAGCGAGCACCAAAAGCCUACCUCUAAACUAAGUUGUUUAGGAUGACCAGCGAGAUGUUGGGAAUACGAAUACAGUUCUUGAAAGUAGUCGUCGAGCAGAAGCAACCAUAACCACCUUUCACAGGUAAUUUCGAAGCCCACAUGCCCCACGGUGAUGGCGACCUUUGGGUCAACCAAGAAGAGGCUGAAGACGAGGAGAAAGUUCCCAUUUAUCGUGGUGGCUGGUCGAACGGGAAGAAGCAGGGUAGCGGAAAGUACUUCUUCGAACAAGAGACCACAGAUCCAGGCAAACGACGGUCUGUCAUGGCUCUGUUGGCGACUACGCAGACCAAGAAGGGCAUCAAAAAGGUGUACGAAGGCGGCUUUCGAGAUGACCUCUUCCAUGGACAGGGUAAGCUAUAUGUGGAAAACUCAGUGAUCGCGAAAGUUCCGAACCUGGACAAAAGUGCAAAGGACAAGUCAGGCAAGAAAUACCUGCCGUUGCCGCAGAUCGACCCAGCCCAGAUGCUCUCGUUUGUUAUGCUAGGGAGAUCACCACUGUUGAGUGGUAGAAGUGUCUAUCUUAGCUGAACAAGAGAUCUUCCCCGCCUGUGCACCAAGGUAUUUCCCGUUACAACCUCUAACACCCAAGGAGAGUUCCGUUCCGACUGGCAAGAAACGCGCAAAUACCUGAACGCAGAGUUCGGUCUAGAGUGGCCUGAGUCGAAGCAUUACGAUAUUGACAAAAUCCCAGAUAUGGAGGAUGAAAAUGGCAAGAAGCUGUUCAAGUUUUGGCGGUUUUUGCCAGUGGACAACCGCAACUUGCAGUUAGCCGGUGCGGCGCCGUAUGAAUUUGGUUUGGAUGUUAUGACAGAGGGAAACUAUUAUUCAGAUUUUUGUAGUCUAAGUGAAUGUUAUGAGGUUGUACAACAUCGCGGCAUCGCUUAGAAUGAGUACUGAUUUAGCUGUUCUUGUGCUCUCCAAGUCCAUUGAAGUAAAUACUAUGGCUCUUCACGGUCGUGUCCUAUUAGACUGUGAUUUUCUUUCUUCAUAUCCGUGUACUCGAUGAAAGCCGGGGAAAAACUGCACAUGUACAAGGGAACGGCGUUGUAUGCGGAUAAUACGAUCUACUCCGGGGAGAUGAAAAUGGGCAAGUUUCAUGGCUUUGGAAAAUUGACACAACGAAAAGAGGACGAACAAUAUCCUGGAGAGUUCGAGAUGUUGUACGAGUAUGAGGGCAACUGGAAAGAGGGCUUGCGACACGGCUACGGCAGUGCCAAUGACAACACAACGAAAAUCACCUACGUUGGGCAGUAUACCACGGACUUGAAAGAUGGGAGGGGGAAGCAAGUGAUGCCGCCAGAGUACUUUUUUUCUGUUGUCAGGGAAUGAUUCUUUUUUAGUUUCUCCUCCAAUCAUUUGUUCACAAACAAAUAGCAUAUGAUAUCAAGAUCAAGUACAACCUACAGCAUACCUGAAACGAUCGUAUGAUCUCUAUCCCAACAGCCGUUGGGAAAGCGCCGGUUAUAAGUUUUAUGAUGGCGACUGGGUGAUGGACCGGCGCGAAGGGUAUGGCGCUAUGAUGAUGCCAACCGACAUCCUCUAUCGCGGUGGCUACAUCGACAAUUUGCGUUAUGGCUUCUACAAAUUCAUCUAAAAAAGCAUCUUUGACACGUUUCCAAGGCGGGGAAAAUGAUCAAAGAUGCGCUUCAAGAUUGAUGUAUUAGGGAAGGUCUAACUUCGAGAAGGCCACGGCGCCCUCUACUUAGCGGAAGAACUAGGCCAGCAGGGGCCAGGGAAGGAGAUCUCUGUAUCUUACGAGUCAUAUGAGGAAGCCAUCAAUGACGUACAAUUCGUAGGUGGAGAGCUCGGCGACGUAAUCGUGGAUGGGGUAUUCACGCCAGGCAAAGGAAUGGAUAGAGGCGAGGUGGAAAUAAGUGCAGAUGGCGGUGGCACAGGGAAAGCAGGAAAAGCGGCGAAGAAGGCCAAGAAGAAGAAAUUAUGAUAACUCAUUCGCUUAGACUUGUAGAUUGCUUAAUUUGUUGUUGCUAAAUUGUUCUGGAACCUAUGAUAGUUGAUCCCCAUUCUAUGGUAUGGCUACGUUCCUCCCUUUAACACCCGGCGAAGAGGAAGCCGAAAAAGCCGCUGCUGGCGCUGCUGUUGACGGUGGUGCAACUGCAAACCGACCAGCAAAAGCCCAUGCGGCUGGCGUGCAAGUUGGUUGGCAAUUGAGAGGCAUAAACCAGGAUAAGCGUGAUUAUCUAGACCUACCUGGAGACGAACUCUUAAGGAGAUACGCUGACGAGAAGGACAAGCGAACGCAGGACCAGGUGUUGCAGCAUAAAGUCAAGCUGAUAUUCAGCGAGCCAGACAAACCGAUGUACAAGGGUGGUUUCAAAGGAGACAAGUUUCAUUCGACAGCUGAAGACAGGUGUUGGUUUUUGUGCAGUGACAAUGCGCUGUUCUACGGGAUGAUCUUGUCAGACGGAACUCGAGAAGGCGACGGCGUUUUAUACAAGGCAGACCUUCAUUAAGGCUUUCGAUAAUCCAUCUUAAGUAGAGGUGUCCGGUAUAAUCCUACCUGGGAAGGGUUCUCAAUUGGAAGAUCCACCUAGAAGGGUGUAUGAGUAUCUCAAGAUCAUGGAAGAUUUCUAGUGCGAGCGCUAACUUCGGAAACGUAAUGUCUCUCUUCGCAAAGCCUGGUUUACGGGUGUGCCCUACAAGUGUAACCUGCCUGAAGACAGGAAACAUGAGGAAAUAAGCUACACAGGAAACUGGGUGAACGAUGUGCAAAAAGGAGAAGGCACGUCGUAUCACGACACAGGAGUAUAUACUGGCCAAUUUAAGGAUGGAAAAAGGCACGGUCGCGGUCGUUGGGAGACACACGGUGGGAGGUGGAAAUACUAUGCAGGGGUAAAAAUACUUCUAUAUUCGAUUCCUUUCUCAUUUCGUGGCUACUGUUAGUCUUCGACAUCCUUGUCCGAGAAAGUCCCGUCUGACCUAUCUUUACCAAAAACUCCAACAAUGCUGCAGCAGCUACGGAGACUUGACGGAAGUCCUCUCUACAUUCUUACUUCAUAGAAAUACUGACUUGAAAAAGUCCUAGGUAAAUCUCAUCAUUAUUUAAUUCAAGAUCUCUUUCCUCACCUGCUCAGACCGACCCAACCCACACGAAUUUCGACGUCGACAAAAUGCAUGGCAUCGCAACUGUGGAGGAUGACCGCUACAUCCACGAGAACGUCAUUUUUGUGAACGACAAGUGCAUGAUGCCCUUCACGGUGAAAGGACCGCCAAUAUCAGGCUUCGACAACCACCCACUCUUUGGAACCAUCAUGAAAGCAAGAGCAGGCAUGAGAGCGAAUGCGCCUGUGGUAUUGUUUUGCCCUUGAAGAUUUGGAUGUCUGUUUUCUGUGGCUUGUUACUGACUUUCUUACUCAGGAUGUCUUUUAUUUGUGACUUGUUAGUAAGUUAGCACUCCCUGAUGUUCAAUUGAAAUGUUCUUGUACUCAUUGUGCAUUCCUGUUAUGCUUCUGCAGGCUUAUUUUGCCCUUAAUGCGCAAGCGCAUGCUUAUAGAGAAACUUUCCGCGCGCAUGAUCCCGUGAUAGGUCCAACCCGACGAAACAAAGACCGGAGAGCAGGAACAGGUGAAGAAUACCGGAAAAUACGGCUUAGACAAAGACGAGACAACGCACGCAUUUACACAGCCAGAUGAAGCAGCUGUCAUUCGAGAGGACACAGAUUUGAGUCUGCCGGAGGACGAUCUCUAUAUAGUUGGAGGUACUUCUGAUGAAGUUUAUGGAAGAUUUGAGGACGAUCUCUAUUUAGUUGGAGGUACUUAGGAUGAAGUUUAUGGAAGAUUUGAGGACGAUCUCUAUAUAGUUGGAGGUACUUCUGAUGAAGUUUAUGGAAGAUUUUCGUUUUGUUGAUGGAAGAUUGUCGUUUUGUAGCUCUACUUUUCUGCAGUGAUUCCUUGUUGUUGGAAGUUCGCCUCACUGCUCUCCACCCACAUCAACAAGGUUCCGGCGAAAACGAGUUGAUGAACGGUGUUUAUUGGCGUUUGUCGGAUACACACGGAAUACCAGUAUUCAAGCACUAUCGCGCAAAAAUCGGCCAUAUGUCAUCGACUAUUUGCGAACGCUAUUUGUUCAUGAACGAAGCAAAAAACAAGUGGUUUAUUGGUACUAUUGUUGUGAACUUGUUUUCUAUUGAUCAAAAAGUUGUUACAGCUGAGCUUCUUCAGAGGACAUGAGUCUUCCCUCACCACACGAAGGAGCUUUCCAUCGAUCCAUCCAUCCAUCCAUCAACCCCUCUCUUUCUGCUUCUUCCGCACAGCCGAAAAUCCAUCUGUCCAAGUAUUACCGAAACCGGCACAGCCGAUGACUGCGAUGGCAGUGGACUCUGCUGCCGACCCCAGGGAUAUUGUCGCAUCGUGGCAGAUCUACGACCCAGCCACAAAAGCCUACAAAAACUUCCAAAAGCUAACUCCUCAAGAAGAGAAGAAGGGAAUGCUUCCGGUGGAUCGAUUACUUAUGACUUGUGUAUAAUAGAUCCAUGUUGCUUCUCUUCAGAGGCAGAGGCAUUGUGACCGAAAUUUGUAAUUUUAGGGAAAAACUCUACUUGGACUUUGCUCUAGUAGAAUGCUAGGACUCGUCCUUAUUAUACAUAGUUGGGAUGCAAUAGCCUUGGCCAAGUUCUAACCUCUGCAUCGUCGAGACCAGCGGCGUCGAGAUUUCAGCAUGCCAGAGUCCGAUGGUCCUGGAUGGGUGCUUUUUGCGACAACCGCAAGAGCUGUUCGGAAGACCUGUGUUCGAGAUGGAGAAUGGUGGACAGUUUCUCUAUUGGGUGUCACCGAAUGGGAAACCAGUAUCCGACAACAUCGUCGAAGGAGGUCUUGCUAUGCAGGGCCACAAGCUGCACGAAGACUACGGUUUCUGUUAAGGCUUCCCCUAAUCAUGAUCCACCAUCUUCUACUCUAAAGUCUAUAAUCUUGGUCCAAGAUGAAAAGAUCUUGGUCCAAGAUCCAUCUCAAGAUGGACAAGAAUGAGGUCUUCUAAUUCUGGUGUAUCUCCGAUAACCUGGGGUCAUUGCCGAAAGACGCGGUUGAUGGAAACAACUGGGCCUACAUCGAAUCCAGUGCUGCGACGCCUGACCAGAUUGAAGGUACUCAAAUUCAUGCAAUUCAUUCAUGGACUGAAGAAGAAGAAAGUACUUGGCGGGAAGGUGUUCAUUUGAUGCGGAUCUUGAAAGUAGAUCUGCUGAUGAAAGUAGUGGCAAUGGUCAGAAUAGAUCUGUCUUUACAAGCCUCUACAACAUCUGUCUUUACAGGCCUCUACAAUAGUAUCUCUUACAAGCCUCUAGAUUGUUCACAUCUGUCUUUACAAGCCUCUACAAUCAAUCUCUCACUCAGGAACAUGGCAUACGUGGCAAGAUAGUAAGGAAUAUCGGCAGGAUGGCUUCUUGAAGGUCCUAGUUAUGAAAGACUUUUUAAAGGAAGGCAUGGACGAGGCGCCUCCCGUCAAUGAGGAGAUGGCCUUGGCUCUGUUGCAGAGUCGCGAGAACACGGCGAUGAGCGGAUAUUAAGCUGUAGCUGCUGUGUGGAGCAGGUUCUACAUUGUUGCAUAGUACUGACACUGCUAGAUGAGAUUGAUAAUCGAUCUAGAUCCAUCAAACAUUAUGUUGUUCUGCCAACUAGGUGGUGACAUGUUGUGUUUGUAACGACAAAUGUCACGAUUGACUUGCUUGAGUACUAAGAAACCAAUGAUAUUGUCGAAGAUGAGUACUUUUAUUUUUGCUUGUAACUAUUCCUUUGAUAAUUCUGACCGCAAUACAAAUUAACUUCUUCAUUCAAACUCACUGAAAUCAGAUUCAUUGAUAUCUUCGAUUGACACACACUGCUCGUAUUCAUUGUAAAUUGCUGCGUACUUCUCACUACUCCUUGUGCUUUUAUUUUGGUAAGCAAGAAACAGUAAGAACUGGGUUGGUUGGGUGAUAUGACUACUACGUUGAGAUGACUACUAGUAACUAUGUGGAAUAUCAAUAUUUUCCUAAGAGAACUAUGGGCAUAAUUCUGUAUACCCUAGUACCUUCUGUUAUUCAAAUGGUUCCUGGUGAAGAUGAAAAACUUAGAUGUUCCACUUAUUAGACAUACAAAAAUCGAUUCAAAGACACUUGCAAAGGUGAAAGAGAUAAACUCAAAUAUGUGCGAAAUUGAAUAGACUGCGUAGAAAGAAACAUAUUUUGGUAUGGUACUUAUCUAUCAUCGAUACUGUAAUCUGGUCAUUCCUUGUAUGUUCAAAUAGAAGGAGGAUGAUUGAAAACAGAAACAAGACUGAAACGAACAAGAAAUAUAGCUCAUUCGUCGAUUGCUCUAGAC